AUGGCUUUUCCUCGGCUGUUUGACCAUGGUUGCGGCCGGGAGUGCAUUCUGCGGCGCUGGCGGCGCGUGUGGGCGGGAGCGGGAGGAGCGGGCAUGUAUUUGGGAAAUCUGAACCUGAUCACUAUCCUGACUACCCCAGCGGAACAACCCAUAUAUGUGGGCCUGCUUGGAUUGAUCUACGCACCGGCGGUAUUCUGGUUCCUAUCAUUGGUGGCGCUUUUUCCGAUAGGUUCAGCCACAUGGCGAUGGCUUCGUCAAGAAGCUUGUGAAGCUGGGCUGGGUGGGCACGGCCCUUUCUGCGGGCAUGCAUAUCUCCAUUCUCUUGUCCAUCGUAUUGGCGGUGUCGAAUGGCUCUGGACUGAUCGCCGGAAUGUCGCGCUGUACGUAGUCACUGCCUUCUACACCGUCACCUUCUUGCUCAGUAAGUACUAUUGUGUCGGGACCAACAAACAGAACCGAUUUUUCCCCGUCGAAUUCUUGCGGGACCCGGCCUUGAAGACGGAAGCCCUGAAGGUAAUUAUGAGUUCGAUUGGUGAUGUCUACGUCACGGCGAUAUCGGCGGGGGCUCUCUACGUGGUUGCAUCCUGCCUGCUGUCUCGCCGUCGGUUCUAA